UUUAAAAAGCCUAAUCAAAAAUAAUUCUAAAGGUUUUAAGCCGAAAAAAUCGUUGACCCUUAAGUGGGAUGAAAUUUCAAGAUUUAUGAAAACAGCUCCAGAUAACAAUCAUUUUGUUUCAAAGGUUAUACUGAUAUUUGGAGUUUGUGGAGCUCUGAGAUGUGACGAGAUCAGCAAACUUAAAGUGCAAGAUGUCGAAGAUCGUGGUAAAAAGUUCCUGGUUUCUAUCAAUGAGACAAAAAAUGAUGUCCCUCGCCAGUUUGUCAUCGGAGAACCCUUUUACAAUAGAGUCAAGCAAUAUAUUGAAAAGAGAGCCAAAGAAUCAUUCACCGACAGAUUUUUCAUCAAAUAUCAGAAUGGAAAAUUUUACCAACAAGUAAUCGGCAGAAACAAAAUUGGGGAGACACCGCGCGCUAUAGCUUCACAUUUGAACUUACCUAAUCCCAAAUUAUACACCGGACAUUGUUUCCGAAGAACUGGCGCAACUCUGUUGUCUGACUCGGGUGCUAAUGAGACAAUGUUAAAACAACUCGGAGGUUGGAAGUCUACAGCAAUCGCUCUAGGUUACUUUUUAUUUAUUUAAUUACAAAAUUUUAUUUAAAAAUCUAAAUAACACCACCACCAUCUACAUCAACUGAUCCACAACCAACUAAACCAUAUACAUUAACAAGUUCAUCAACAAACAUCAUUGAAGCUGAAGUGAUAAUUCCAAUGAAUGAUAAGACAUCUCCAGAUGGUGAAAUGGAAUGCGAUCACUUCUCUGAUGGUUUUGAGAUUAACGAGGAGGAGUUACUUGAAAUCGAUCAACUAGAACAACCUAAACUUAAUUGCAGAUCACCUACACCUGUUUUCACAACAGCUAACAACAAAAAAAUACUUGUAAUGCACAAUAACCGGUCAACAAAACCUACGCACUUUUUGAAAAAACCACCAGUUACAGUUUUCUCAGAAAAAUCAGAGAAUACGCCACCAGGAAAACAAAUCGAAGCUAUUGGAAGUGGAACCCAGCAUCAUUUAAAUAAACAAAAAUCAAAAUGUCUUUCUGUUGAUGAAAAUCCACCUAAUUUAUUUCAAAACUGCGUAUUUCA